AUGGUUGUUGAUGGUUUCAACCAGAGUGAGGAAAUGCAUGGAGUUCGCUACCUCAAAUUCAUUGGUGAUGGAGAUUCGAGUGUAUUUUCGAAAAUUCAGCAUUCUGUGAGAUAUGGCAAAGAAGUUCGAAAGAUCGAAUGCACGAACCAUGCUCUUGAAAAUUAUGGUAAACGCCUCAGAACCAUGAAAGAAGAUACACAAAUUAAUCAUAAAAGACGCAAACUUUUGACAAAUUUGAAAAUCCAAGCUCUGACAAAACGAGCUAAAACGUCUAUAUAUGAACAUGCCAAAAAUGCCAUCCAUAACGUUGAUCUCCUUCGAUCCGAUUUGAGGAAUGGAUUGCAUCAUGUUUAUGGUGAUCACUCUAAUUGCCGUGAAGGUAUAUGCAACACCGUUGGCGACAUGACCAAUAUCAUAAUACCAGAGUUGAAGUCUAGUACAAUCUAUAAUCACCUGAAUGCAAGAGACGACAGCUUCGUGGCGAAAGAAGGCAGCAAGUUGCAAGCGCGUGAUAUGUCAUUUAGUGACGAUAUUCCACCCACCUUGCCCAGCGCGAAUGUUUUAAAAAAAGCAAAACAAGAAGAAAUAGGUAAACGUUUGGGUUUGACAAGCACAGAUCCUGUGAAGAAUUUGCAGAUUGUCAAACACACGACACACGAGGGGUCAAUUCAUGCUAUUGGUACUGAACCCAUCUCCUGCAUUGGCUACCAGAACAGAGCAUACUACAUGAAGCUUGCCACCAAAGUAAAGGAAUAUUUUUCGAUGCUGCUGAUGCUACAGGUGGCGUACCUUUUAGAAUUUCCCUUCUAUUCGAAAACAUCAAAACGAGAAAUAAACCAAAAUUUAAAAAAUCGAAAAACAUUUAUUUGUACCAAAAUAUGCGGUAAUGAACCUGAUAUUGACGAGUUCAAGAGUUGUCAGGUGUAUCAGAUGAUUUCUGCUAGACAUGAUGCAUCGUUUUCAACUUUUUUCUUUCAUGAAAUCAUGAGAUCUGGUGCCCCUAGACCGAAAAUCAUGGUGACCGACUUUGGAAAAGUUUCACUGAUUGGAGUAGCAAGUGCACUUGCAAAUUGCUCUGAUCUGAAAAACUACAUGAGCAUAUGUUACAAACUCAUAGUUUUAGGUGCAGUAGUUGAACAUCCUACUUGUUGUUUGCGCCUUGACGUCAGUCAUUUCAUUGCUCAAAUAGCAAGGUGGAAAUGUUUGCGAAAUUUAAAAUCUAAAGUUAGGCAGUUUAACCUUCGUGCCUUGGAGCAUGUUUAUUUGAUGACUGAUUUCAGCGAAAUAGAAAAAGUAUUGGGGUCUAUAUUGAUAGUCGCUCUAAGUGAACACAUCGGCACUGAUAGGAAUGGACAACAAUAUUCGUCGAAUGAAUAUUUGAGUUAUGUCGAUUAUAUCAUAAGAGGCACUCCAAAUAUCAUUGAGCCCAUAGAACCAAGCGAAAAUGGAAAUGACAAUGAUAGUGAAGAAUUCUUCGAAAUAGAAUCGAUUUUAGACUCUAAUGAUUCUACAGAUAGUACUUGGAUUGACCGGGCGAAAUCAUUAUAUAAAGAAGCUGAAAAUAAAAAAAAUUGCAAGUGA